UGUGAGAAAGAGGCAGGAAUAUUUCUUUGUCCUGUGGCUGCAGCGCAUCUUUCGUAACAGGCCGUCGGUUGAAGAGGGUGUCCGGUUAUCGAAGUUGGCAGAGAGAGGAUCUUCUAACUAACCCAACCGUCAGACGGUGUUGGGUGACAAAAACAUUACUGAGAAAACUUGGGAGACUUAUUUUAUUACACGUGAUUCGACACUUCAUGAUUGGAGUUAUUAUUGAUCUCCAUCUGUCCGUCCCGCGCGACAGGUGAUGUGACGGAUUCCUAGUUUGGCGCGUAGAGGAGACCGUCACCUGGCAGGGCGCGCUGGGGAGGAAGGACGCUGUAAAACAGAGGCGGAGAGGAUUGCCUCUUGCAGGAUACUGUAGAGACGAAGAGGAGUGUAUCGUCCAUUCGCCUGUGGAUUUAUGCUGUUUUUAGGCUACCCCAUAACCAACUUUGGGAAAGGCUACUAGGCCGUUUGUUGUUCUAGUAUCCUGAAGACUUUAAUUACGGCAGAAUGCAGCAGCCAACGGCACAACAACCACCACCACAAACAACAACAGAUGUCCUGGACCCCACAGCUCAGUAUAGGAAGCGUCGGAGGACAGCGUUAUGGGUGACCAUCUCCCUGUUGUCUCUGUCUGUGGUGGUUCUGGUGGUGGGACUGGUCUCUGCCACCCGUACCGGGAACGUGGCUGUCGCUGGAUACUACCCUGGCAUCACCCUGAGUUUCGGAGCGUUCUUAGGGAUCGUUGGAAUUAAUUUGCUAGAGAAUCGAAGACCCAUGCUCAUGGCAGCCAUCAUCUUCAUCAGUAUGGGAGUCAUCGCUUCCUUCUUCUGUGCCAUCGUGGACGGAAUCAUCGCGGCUGAGUUCAUAGUCAGUACACACGCACACGCACACACACACACGAGGCCGCUGCUGGAGGACAGGUGUGAGUUCUACGCCAGUGGAUCAGGGUACGCCUACGACAACUAUUAUACUGAGGUGAUGUGCAGCUCAUUCAACAGUGAUUGUAAAGUGAGAAUGAAGAGCAACACCUGCUACUGCUGUGACCUGUACAACUGUGAGAGUCCAGACUACCAUACCCAGUACUAUGAGUUCACUCUGUCUCCUCUCACUCCUCCAGCCUAG